AUGGAUUUUGGUUGUGUUUCUUGUAAAAAAUCCCAAUUGUCAAAAAAAAAUAUUAAGGCAAUAUUGGAGUGGGCUGAAAAACAUGUUUUGUGUUCGUACGAGAGAUGGUUUAGUAUAAUUUGGAGUGAUGAAUCUAAAAUAAAUCUUCAUGGAUCCGAUAAUAAAAGAUAA